AUGGGAAGAGAAGCUAGGGCUGAAGCGCAACGUUUAGCUGAUCUACAUAAAGCUGGUAAUCACUUAAGAAUAGAUUUGAUUGAAAAGGGUAAUAAGAAGAGAAAUGAAAUGGCAGAGCAGUUAUCUCAAUUAGAGGAGGAUAAAGUUGAGGCUUUAAAGAUAAAGUCUGAGAAAGAGGCACUCAAAAAUGAAUUGGAAGCGAAAGAAAAUGAGGUGCUCCAAGUUUACAGAGAUGCUGAGGAGAAGGAUAGGCAAAGAAAAGCUGAAGAAGAAAGGGUUGCCCUUGCCAAAGAGGCUAUGGAAUAUUUCUCAAUGUAUGAUACUAAUAAUGAUAACAUUUUAACUAUAGAUGAAGUUAAAUUUGUAAAUGUUUUCGAUAGAAAUAAUGAUGGUGAAGUCGACCAAGAAGAAGCACAAUACUUCUUGGGGGGCAAUGAGAGUGCGGAUAAGGAUACAUUUAUCACAACAACAUGGCCACUGUUAAAGCCUUUAAUAAUGUCGAAAGAAGGUGUAUUCCAAUCUCCUGAAGAACAUGAAGAAAGUGAUGAUCAUAAUGAUGACACUGAGGCUACUAGAGAUAUAGAAUCUGAUGAUCAUGAUGCUGAUGAAGAAAAUAUUGAUGAGGAAUUAGCUCAUGAUGUUGAUCAAGAUAUUGAACCUGAUCAGCCUAGCCAAACAUAUGAUGAGGAGACGCAAAAGAUAGUUGAUGAAGCAACGGAGGCUCGGCGUCAAUGGACUGAUGCAGAGCGCACAGUGAGAGAGAUUGAAUCUAAUAUCAGAAAUUUCCAACAAAAUCUAGAGAAGGAUUAUGGUUUGCAGCAAGAAUAUGCAACACUUGAUGGCCAAUGUUUUGAGUAUGAGGACAAAGAAUAUGUUUAUAAGUUAUGUUUAUUCCAAAAAGUGACUCAAAAGUCCAAAAAUGGAGGUUCUGAAAUUGGAUUAGGCAACUGGGGUGAAUGGGCUGGAGAGGACAAUAAGUACUCUGUGAUGAAAUAUACUAAUGGAAUUGCUUGCUGGAAUGGCCCAAGUAGAAUGACGACAGUAAAUAUUCAUUGUGGGUUGGAAACGAAAAUGUUAUCAGUCACUGAACCUUAUCGUUGUGAAUAUAAAAUAGAACUUGAAACUCCUGCAGCAUGUGAUGGUUCUGUGACACAACAGCCAUCUCAUGAUGAACUG